UCUUUUCCGGUAUAUUGCUUUCAGAGUCGGUGUUAGAAGGUUCUUGAAAGUUACAGAAAUAAAACUUUAUCCUGUUAAUACAAAUAAAGUUCAAUUUAUUGAAGAUAAGAAAUAUAUAAAAAUAAUUAAUAAAUCGCUCUAGCAAUAUUCAAUGGCCUUAUCUAAAAAUCUAUUCGGAAUUUCAAAAUUAGCGCUGACUUUAUCUCGCCGAUUGGUUCAUAAUAUUGUUGAUACUACCAAGCCAAAAGAAGGAAUCUUUCCAAAUGGACCCUUAGACGAAGAUCUUCCGAUCAAAAUGGAAGCAAAUCCAUUUGAAAAGGAGAAGAAACAAUGUGUUCUGUGUCGUUUAAACGUAACUCCUGACUGGAAAAACGUGCGGUUGUUGUCACAAUUCCAAAGUGCUUACACUGGUAGAAUUUACGGACGCCAUAUAACUGGUUUAUGCAAGCACAAACAAGAACUAGUUGAACGUGAAAUUCUUAAAGCUCAAAACAGUGGUUUUAUGCCUUUUUAUAUGAAAGAGCCAAGCUAUUUGCAUGAUCCAAUGCUUUUUGACCCAGAUCAUCCAUUUAGACCUCACAAAUAUUAAUGAAAAAAGACAUUUUAUAACAUAACUGUAUCUUCAUUAAAUUAUGUGUUCUUUUUCUAAGCUAGAUACAAAUAAAAAUAAUUCAAAUAAA